AUGCUGACAAGAACAUCGAAGCUCCAAUCACUUAAUGAAAAUCUGAAUCGUUUGAGGAAAAUCAGGAAGCAAGACAAGAACAGUAAAGAAAGUUGGGUUUUUUUGCUAAGAUAUAGUCCUGAUGAACUUGAGGAUUUAUGGAGUUGGGGUUUUGAGGUCGAAUCAUAUAACAAAGCCCUAUCUGAAAAAUACGGUGAUGAUCCGACUCAACAUAAUGUGAAUGAUCCUGAAUUGUGGACCCAAACACAGUUGCUUAGGAAAGGUGGGAAACAAAAAGGUCCUAUCUAUGGGGCAAGAUACUCGGAUCUUCACUUUCUGAUGACGGGUUCAUAUUCUUAUGAGUCAACUUCAGCUUCUGCUGACUUUGCAAAGUCACAACAGGAUGUAGAAUUAUUUGCAUAA